UAAAUUCUAACCAACUCUAUUUCCCUAGGCCGGUAGCGGCAAAAGCGCCAACGAAACCAAUUGUGUUUGGUUGCGUAUCCUCCUUCCGCAAUCCGUGGCUUCGGUUGUAUCGUCGUUUGCGAAAAAUGAGCUUGUUCCAGAUUUUUGUGCUUCUGUUCCUUGUGGGAACCUGUGUGACACUCACACCAAGUACUUUUCUGAGCACAGAAGACUUCAAACGGCUUGAAACCUUGUUUGAAGGACACUUGUCGGCAAAGAAAGAUGUGCAGUCAGUAUAUUAUGGUGCCUUGGGGUCAAAACUGAUUGGAAAGCCAAUACCACAUGCACAGGAGGUGUGCAGAUACCUUAAGAGCCAAGUGGAUACAGAUGCCACCAAUCUGUUCUUUGUAGCCAAAGCAGCUGCUGCUCUGCCAGGAUGCAAGCUGACUGUGCCUGCAGAUACAGUGCAGGCCCUGCAGCGCAGCGUCGGCGAUAAGGCCCAGGUGUCGGACCUGUACCACGCCGUCGGCGCGCUGCGAGCGCUCAGCGAGAAAAUCAACAGCAAGGCUGUCUCACAAGCGCUGCAGGCAGCGCUGAAGAAGGAUGACGGCGUGCUCAACCUGGGUUACGCGUUCCACCUGGCCAGCGAGCUGGAUGGCGAGCUGGCGCCCUUCCUGGACCGGAUCGAGGACGCUGUGGUGCAGGCCGACGAGGUGGACCAAAAAUACCUGCAGUACGAGGGCGGCGUCGGCAUCACCUCGACUAUCGUGACUGGCGCCUACCGCCUGGCGGAGAAGGCCAACAAGCGGCCAGCCAUCACUGACGAGCAGGCCAUCAAGUUCGCCAACUACCUCGUCAACAGGAAGUCGAUCCAGUCGCUCAAGGGAGCAUACCAUCUGCUCAACGGACUCACCAUGUUCUGCAGUAAUAAGUUCCACCUGCCGGUGGUGAUGUCGCUGGCGUCGCCGGCGGCGCUGAGCUCGGCUCGGCCGCGGCUGGCGGUCCAGGUGACGGACCUGCUCGGCCGCCCGCUGACGCACGACCUCACCCUGCUGGCCGACUCGGCCACCCGGCUCCAGGACGACGCCGUCGUCAUCAGCAAGAGUCCCUUCGCGCCGUCCAAGGCUGACAAGUCGCUGUUCGAGUUGGACAUGCUGGCCUCCACGCCCGGGCGUGGCUUCUACCGGCUGGUGGUGUCGGCCCGUCCCAGCAAGCCCGACGCCCGGCUCAUCGGCCACACGGGCGCCGAGCUGCGCGUCAAAGUGCUGACCCAGAUGACCGUGGACGCUGUGGAGCUGGGAGUGGUGGACGCCGACCAGACCACCGCCCCGCGCACCAACAGGCUGGUGCAGCACAGUAAGCUGGGCUCCGUGCUAGAGGCGGACACCCACCAGAAGCUGCUGCUCAAGUUCACCAUCCUCGACAAGCAGACCAAGAAGCCGAUGCGCUGCCACCAGGCGUUCGUGCGGCUGGCGCACAAGGAGACGGGCGACGAGGUGGUGUUCGUGGCGGAGCCGGACGCGUCGCUCGUCUACAAGUUUGACAUGGAGGUCGGCGCCCAAACCAAGAAGUUCGCGGCACGCUCUGGCGCGUACGAGAUGCAGCUGAUCGUGGGCGACCCGGUGGUCGACAACGCCUUCUCUUGGACUAUGGCCGACGUGGUGCUGCAGUUCGCUGAGGCGGCCCGCGCCAGGCCAGCCGAUCUCUACCAGCCUAAGCCGGCCAUCCGCCACGAGUUCCGCGCCCCCGAGCCGCGCCCGUCGGCCGUCAUCUCCACCGUGUUCACGGCGCUGGUGGCGGUGCCGCUGCUGGUCAUGCUGCUGCUCUGGGCCCGGAUCGGCAUCAACGUCAGCCACUUCCCCAUCUCGCUCUCGGCCGUCGGCUUCCUGGCCGGCAUCGGAGGCAUCUUCGCCCUCUACUACUGCUUCUGGCUGCAGCUGAACAUGUUCGCCACCGUCAAGUAUCUGUUCGGCCUGGGCGUGGUGACCUUCCUUUGCGGCCACGACGCGCUCGCUCGCCUGGCUGCUCAGCGCAAACAGAAGGUGUAAGGCGCGCAUGCUGCACGGAUCACCGGCUGCAGUCGGCCCCCGCGGCGGCGGCGGCGGCCGCGCCGUCGCCGCCGCCGCCGCGUCCCAGUCAGCACGCCCGACAUUCCAGUCGACACGUCCGCCGUACUUGUGGAUGCGUUUGUUUAUGUUUUGGUUUCCUGUGGGGUUUGUCUGUCUGAGGCCUGUUUGUGUGUGUGUGUGUGUGUGCGCGUGCGCGGGGUCCGGUGAGCGCUGGGGUGGUCAGGUGAGGCGGGGUCUCGUCACCGGGCCUCUCGCCCUGGCCGAGCGGCCGCAGAGUCGGCCAGUCAGUCGGUGUGUGUCUGGGGUUCAGCCUGCUGUCGAAGACAGAACCUGCCUUACUUAGCCCGUUGUCCGCGCCUGCGCGCGCGGCCCGGGCGCCAACCAGUGACGCAUCGGCAGGCGACAGGCCCGGCGACCCGGCGCGCUCUGUGUCCGGCCUCCUAUCCGGCUUGGUUGCAGGCAUGUGCUUUCUGCGUUGUGAUCGGUUGCUGGACUAGCAGGCCGUGACUCACUGCUGCUGUUUGGCCUAGCUCUAGAGUCGCACUCCUGGUCACAUUCUUUGCUGUCACGUGGCCCGUGUCACAGGAUACCGGCAUAGGGACGUCCCGCCUUCCCUGGACACGAAACUAAAAGCGUCCAGCUCCCGCCGCUGGGAGCUCUAAAAACGAGCAUCCAGAAGUGAGCUGUGUUGGUCUGGAUCUGUCGUUCCGCACCUCCUGCCGCUGCGGGCCCGCAUGUGUAGGCACGUAUAUGGCCUGCCCGGAGAAGGGGACGACAGUCGGGUCAGCGUGGCAGACUAAUGCCCCCCCCCCCCCCCUCCCCGCUCGGUCACGGUGACAGGCGCCAAGCGGCAACAGCUCCCAGAGCGGGCGGCCGGAGCCCCGGUCCGCCGCCGCCGGCCGCCGCCCGGUGAUGCGGCAUGGCCUGUCGCGUCGGCCGGCUGGCGCACCAUGCUGCCGGCGCUGCUCUCAGCUUUGUAAAGGAAUGCUGCACCUGUGAUCGGGGUCUCACGUGUGGCGUGCCCGGCGUCGCGCCAAAAUGGUUUCGGCUGCAAUGCAAUAAACACGAAAAGUA